AUGGCACCGAAGCGAUCCUUCGCUUACGGCCAAGGCGGCGGCGGCAGCGGCGGCGGAAGCGGCGGCGUGACCGCACCUAUACUCGACACCCUCGACGCACUUCCGUCGCGACCGCUGCGCUUCGUGCUCCUGCUGCUCCUCGCAAACUUCGCCGGCCAUUACUUUCCGCUCCUUUGGUCCGAUACCGACCGCGGAGCGCUCCUCGCGGGGGGCUGGGGCGCGCGAGGGUUUUCCGCCAAGGGCGCAGCUUCGGGGGAAGGCGUGGGGGGAAAUCUGGAAGCAGUGAGGGGGCGGGGAAACCGCACCGCGCUGCAAAUAGGGUCUGCCAGCUCGGAUGCGGUUCGUAGCCGCGACACGCACAGGUUGCAAGGCGCGGGGGGGGCGGGCGGGGGGAAUCCGGAGGAUGAGGGGAUAGGAGCGGCGGAAUGGGAACGGAGAGGGGCGCGGAGUGACGAGGGAGGAGGGGUGGAUCGGGGGAGCGCGGGCGGGGGCGCGGGCGAGGGCGCGGGCGCGGGGGAGGGGGAGGGGGAGGGCGCGGUGGGGUUGACGCCGUACGUGAGGCACAUGGAGAUCUCGGUGGUGUCAGAGGCUGUGUGCCGCGGCAUCAUCUCGCCCUCUCUCUACUUCGUGGACAACCAGCAGCCCAUAGCAGCGGUGGCGGAUCUGCGGGGGGGCCAGCGGCGGGUGCUGCUGUUCAUGCCGCGGCACGGGCUGGGCAACAGCCUGCGCGGCUACGUCUCCGCGUUCGUCUAUGCCCGCCUCGCCGGUCGCCGCCUCGUGCGCCUGCAUGCUGCCGAGCACGCCAAGGUGUACGACACGCUGUGUGCGGCGUUCACGUGCGGGUUUGACGCCAUCCGGUGGUCCAACGAGACGGGCCCAUGGGGCGGCACCAUGGGUGUGUACCGGCAGCUGGAGCUGCUGCAGCCCGUGCAGCUGCAGUCCGCCUUCAAGACCUCCGGCAAGAUCAAGGGCAGCCUGGGCUUCACAGGGCCCAUCAUGCUGAGCAAGUCCCCAUCGCACUUUGACGGCUUCUGGCAGCUGUACCCGCGCGUGCAGGCGUGUGUCUUCUCCGCGUUCCGCUGCUCCUCCCUCUGGUGCGUGCACUCCCGCGCCAUCCACGAGCUCCUUCUCGGCCCCUCACGCUUAUUACAAGAGGUCGUAGGGCAGGUGCUGCUGCAGCACAUGGGGGAGGGGACACCCCCCGUGCCGUCUCAGAAGGGAGUGGCGGAUGGGGACAUGUUUGAUGUUGCUCUGCAUAUCCGCACGCGGCCCGCUGCGAUUGAGCAGAUUCGGGGGCGCGGGGACGAGGAGUUGAGUCGAGUGGGGUGUGAGGACGCGGAGGAGGAGGACGAGGAGGAGGCGGGUGCGGGGAGCAAGGGGAAGAAGGGCAAGACGCAUGAGUUUCUCAAGGGGUGUCUGUGGGACUGCAUUGCGUCUCUGCUGGAGAAGCUCCAGCAGGAUAAGGCGGCACGGAGCAUGGCCAGGGAUGCAGCAGACAACGAGGCUCUCCGGCCGGAGUUUGUGCGGCGGCUGGCACGACUGGGGACAGUGUUCUAUUCGACAGGGUCCAUUGUGCAUCUGUCCAAGACUGCGAGCACGGACAUGGAGCGGCAGCGCAUGCCCACCAUGGCUGAGUUCUUCCUCAUGGCCAAGGCCCACACGCUCAUUGAAGCCGGCUCCUACAUGAGUACCUUUGCGUACUUUGCUGGGCUGCUUGGGAAUGCGACGUUGGCUAGUAUUGACUGGGAGGGAGGGGCACGGAGAGGGAGAGCAGGAGGGGCGGUGUGUGGGCUGAAGGUGUUUCAUGAGGGUGAGGCGGUGGAGGAGUAUGUGGGGGGAGGGUGGGCGGGGCAGCAGGGAGGGGCUGGAGCCUGGGAGAGCUCAGCCAUGGCUGGUCUAGCCAAGACGCUGAACAAGCUCACCGAACCCGCGUUCAACUGGGCGUCUCAUUGGUACCGUGGUAUUGUUGGCGCUCAACUGAAAAAAUACGGUCUUCGGUAUGACGAUCUCUACGAUCCGUAUUAUGACCUGGACGUUGCCGAAGCCCUCAAGCGGCUGCCUCAAGCGGAGGUAGACGCGCGGAACCAACGGCUGAAGCGUGCCAUUGACAUCUCCAUGAAGCACACCCAACUUCCCAAGGAGCUUCAGGAAAAGCAAACACCAUUCCAGCCUUACCUGCAGAAGGAGCUCCAUAAGAUCAAGUUGGAGAGGGAGGAGAGAAAGGCUCUUGGAUCAGACAUGCCAUACAAUCGCCAAAUCCCCUGA